UGGCGGGUUUGUAGGAAUAUUAAAUAUUGGAAGUGCUUACUUUGUUCUUCUGAUGCUCUGCUAUGUUUUAGUGUUGUUAGUAAUUUAAUUCUAUUUCACAUUGUUAAGUAGGCCUAAUUGGUUAUUGUUUUCGUGUUGUAAAUUUUAUAAAGUAAAGUUUUCCUUUGAUAUACAACUUCUAGGCUGUUGCACACAAUUUUGGAAAGAACCAACAUGGCUGACGAAUAUCCAGACCCAGAUGAAGAAUUUGAGCUAAUGCAUGCCGAAGAAAUGGAAAUGCUAAAUGAAAUGGAUAACAUGGAUUAUGAUGAUAUGAUUCACAAUGCUAGACCCAAAGCUAAAAGAAGCCUUGAUUUCAACAGUCAGAAAAUUAGCAAUGGCACUAAUGAGAAGUUAUCUUCUGAACCAGAAUUACUGCAAAAUAAUUCUAUUACUUCUCUUAAUGAAUGUGAAGAAGUAUCAGCUGGUGGUACUCACUCAACAAGCACUGUGGCCAACAAUAGCCAGGAGCCUGUAAAUACAGAAAACAUCAUGCAGGCUUUAAAUGAAAUUCCGGAAAGUAACAAAAGAAGAGUUGAAGACUUAUUUGGAGAUAUUGAUGAUAUAAUUUUUGACGAUGAACCAUUUGCUAAGAAAACCAAACAUGAUGGGUUGACUGAAGAUGAGCGACAAUUACUCACCAUAGAAACAAUUAUACAAGAAAGAAAACGACUUCAGGAAGAAAAAAUUUUACCACGAUUGACAAAUGCAAAUAAGAGAUCCUUCCGGUCAGAUAAGGUAAUACUUUCACGCACUGUUCCAAGAUGGAAUUUCAUGCCACUCACUGAUAAGAAAGGAGAAAGAAUUUAUGCUAGAUUGCACUCAGAAGAAGCAUUUGAAAAAGAGCUAUCAGAUAUGUCCAACCAGAACCAUAAAGGUGGAUUAUUGUCUGUGCCUUUUGAACAGUUGCAGAAGCUGGCUCAUGAGCAGUUACAACUAAAGUGGGACAGAAUCGAGAAGAAAGAAGCUGAAAAGAGGACAACGGAAGUAGAAAUUAUAAAUGAUCCUGAAGAAACUCUUUGGGUUGAAAAGUACAAACCAAAAUCAUAUUUAGAACUACUAAGUGAUGAGAGUACAAAUCGAGCUCUUUUGCAGUGGUUAAAAUUGUGGGAUAAGGUGGUUUUCAAUAUAGAUAGAAAGGUGAAAGUGAAGCCCAAAGAAGAACCCAAAGCAAAAGGAGGAAGGUUCCAGAGGAAUACUGGACCUGUGGUGAACGAUGAGCUGGAUGAACAUGGCAGACCCCACCACAAGAUAGCACUGUUGUGUGGACCUCCUGGGCUGGGCAAGACUACUUUGGCACAUCUGAUAGCCCAUCAAGCAGGAUACAAUGUGGUGGAGGUGAAUGCCAGUGACGACCGCAGUCCCGAGACUUUCCGCACACAGCUGGAAGCUGCCACACAGAUGAAGGCUGUGAUGGGAACUGAGCGUCGGCCUAAUUGUCUGGUCCUGGAUGAGAUAGAUGGAGCACCUGCGGCAUCUAUUGAUGUUCUGCUAAAGUUUUGCCUUGGGAAAACAACAGGAAGAAAGAAAGGACCUAAAGUAAAAAAAGGUGCUGGUGGUGACGAAAAGUCUGGAAUUCUUAAAAGACCAAUCAUAUGUAUCUGUAAUGAUGUGUAUGUGCCUGCUCUGAGGCCUCUGCGGCAAGCAGCAUUCGUCGUUCAUUUCCCACCCACUGCUUCUGCCAGGUUAGCGCAGAGACUGUGCGAGGUGGCGAGGCACCAGUCUAUGAAGACUGAUCUGGGUGUGAUGAUGGCACUAAGUGAGAAGACUAACAACGAUAUCCGAGCGUGCCUGGCACUGCUACAGUGCCUCAAGAUGCAGUCGGCCAGUGUCGUCAAGCUGUCCCAGGUACAUGCCGCCUCUCUCGGCCAAAAAGACAUGCAGAAGGGUUUGUUCACAGUGUGGCAAGAGAUCUUCCAGAUCCCAAGGCCUAAACGGAAGACGUUUGUAGAUACAGUGAAUCGAGAUUCAAAUCAGAAUCCAAGAGUAGACCUAGAUUCUUGUGAGAUCAAAAUGAAUUCAUCAGCUUUAACAGAAAGGGCAAAUUCAGUUCUUAGAACAGUUCAAGGCUGUGGUGACUACGAACGUCUUGCCCAAGGUGUUUUUGAAAAUUACCUAAAUAUGAAGAUAAAGGACUCUUCAAUGAUAUCUAUAGCCAAUGGAUUAUCAUGGUUUUGCCAUUUUGACCUGAUCUCAUCGAGGAUUCAUGUUACACAAAACUACAUUUUGUAUCCUUAUCUGGCUUAUCCUUUCGUUAUAUGGCACCUGCUGUUUGCCAAUCUUUCUUGGCCAAAACUGACGUAUCCCAGCUCAAGCUAUGAGAUGACAACCAGACUGCAACGAUCUAUCCAGUUAGUAGAUGAAGUGCUUAAAUCCAUGGUGCCCAAAGUGAGAGCCUACACAUACAGGGAACAGUUGGUUUUGGAUACUUUACCCUUGUUAUUGGAGGUCAUCGUUCCGAAUCUGCGACCUGUGAGCCUUACACUGUACAGUAGCAAGGAGAAGGAGGAGCUCCAACAUGUGAUCAGUGUGAUGAUAGAUUACAAUCUCACAUACACUCAGGAGCGCACUCAAGACGGCAACUUUGUCUUCAACCUAGAUCCAAACGUGGAGGAAGUGAGCAGGUUUGAUGGAGGAAAAGGGUGUAGGGUGCUGAGUUAUGCUGGAAGACAACUGGUGUCUCGUGAGAUUGAGCUGGAGAAACUUCGGAGGGCAGAGGUCAACCUGUACAAAGAAACUGAGUCAGCAACUCCGCACCCAACAGCCUGCCCCACUGUCAAUAAGCCGGUCAAGAUAGCAACCACCCCUAAAGGAACAGGAAAGAAAGUAUUACCAAAUCAUUUGCAAAAACUGACACCAAGAGCGCUGAAGAAACCAGAAGAUUUGCAAACCAAGGACUUCUUUGGGCGUGUUGUGGAAAAUUCUUUGGUGCCCAACCAACUGAAAGCUAGAACGGAUGAGAUUGUGAAGAGUGAUAUUUGGUACCACUUCAAAGAGGGCUUCAACAACGCCGUCAGGCGGAACGUCACCAUGUCAGACCUCUACUGAUGUCAUCCUGGGGAUCAUCCUUUACUGGCAACAGAAGCUACAUCUCGUUGGGCAUACUACCGUGGCACAUCUAACCUCUAAUGAUAGCGUGUGUCACCCAAUGAUAAUAGCAAUGACACUAAAGGAAAUUAUUUGCUGAUGGUAAUGCCACACUUUACUUUGUUGAUCUGCUCCAGCUGCUUUUGGCUUGUGAAAAGUACAGUUGUCAUCCAACUGGGAUCUUUAUUUAGGCGCCUGGUUUUCCCAAAGCAACCAAUUAUUUGUCCUUGCUAUGUAGCUCCUCUACUUUUCUUCUAUUAUGUGGUAACACUAAAUAGUUUGAGUCACUGGACAUACAAAAAAUACUACUGAUAAAUGAAACUAUUGAUUUGAUUUUAAGCUUGGUUGGUGUGUGCAUUUCAUGUUGGUAUUGUCGGCACAUUAAGUAACAGUGAAUAUUGAUAGUUGCAACGUAUUCGUUAAUUAGGGUUUAACAAGAAGUAUCCGACAUGUAAUAAGUUAAUCAUAAGAGUUAUUGUUAUUAGUCUGAGUGUCAUCAGGGAAAUACGUUUUUAAAAAACUGUCACAAUAUAUUUUGAAUGUAUACGAGAGGAUUAGUGUACUUUUUCGGUAAAAUGUAAGAGCUAGGAGACAAAUCGCUAAAAUUUACUAUUAUAUAUUUUAAUAUCAGUUUGGUAUUUGUUGAAAAUGGAUAAAGAUGAAAUAAAAAAUAUAUAGUUGGACAAAAUGUUGGGUAGUUAAAGUAAAUAUUGUGCGAAUAUUUUAAUAAAAAACUUUUAGUGUAAAGCUUCUUUAGCAACAAGUAAAAAUCACGAGAAACUAUUUAAUAAUAAAUAUUUGACAAAAUAUCUUCUCAAAGAACAGUUGACAUGUUUGGUUACAGAUUGAAUGAUUUUAUUGAUAAUUGAUUAUUAGUCUAGUAAUCCUGUAUAACAUUGAAAUUCUUUAGAUGUAUCACAAUUUUUAUUCUAAAAGAGAUUCAGUACAAACAAUUACAGAAUGCUUAUUCUUUCACUUUUCAAAACACUGCAGGAAAUGUUUCUUGGAUUGCUUAAUCUUUUAACACUUAUUUUGUAUCAGAUCAAGAAGUUUUAUUACAGUUCUCUCUUUAUAUAACAGUAUUAUAGUACCAUUUUUAUGCAAAAAAAUUACACCAAUACAACUUGAAACAACUGAGAGUACUUUAUGUCAAAAAUGAAUUAUUUAUAUUUUUAGAGCCUGGAGAAAAUGUAAAAUAGUUAUUCAACUGGUGUUUGACAUAGAUUUAGUCGUAAACAUUAUAAAAUAAUGUGCUAAAGAAGGCCGUAAUCGCAUUUCUCGCAUAAUACCGCGAAGUCCUUACUGAACUCUUCGGGACUCGACCGAGCAAAAUAUAAGAGCUCGGGUGGGUUCCACGGUACUCAGCGGCUUAACAGUAUUGUUUUUUUUUUAUUCUUAGAAAUUUCACUAGUUUGUUGAAAUGAAAAUUUGUUUUGCAAGGGGAUCUUUUCUAUUGUAUGGUUUAACCAUCCUCUAUUUUUUCAAGCAAAUAUAACUGUAUUUAUAAUUGUUAUUUAAAUUUCUUGUACUUAUUUAAUUUUUUUAGAAAUAGGAAAGAAACUUAGGAAGUUAAGUAGUCAGUAAAGGAAGUAAACCGUACCAUAGUAAUAAACAAAUUGUCAAAAGUGUACUUUUAGACAUAUAUUGUAUAUUCCUAUGUAUUACAUUGUAAAUUUAGGGUUUAAAUAUGUUAAUAUGUGUAUUUUUAUAAAAUAGUUCUUUAAUCGUUA